AUGCCAGGCAAAGACGUCACCCUUUGGACCCACCAGUUCGCGCCAAACGGAUGGAAGAUGGUACUCGUCUUGAACCUCUUAGGCUUGUCGUACGAGUACGACCUCGAGUUCAGCAGAAAUUCGAGGGACACCUCAAACUCAAUCCGAACGGAUUCGCGCAUCCCGACGCUCAUCGACCAACAGAACGGCAAUUUCGUCAUUUGGGAGUCCAAUGCCAUUCUGCGGUACCUUGGCGACACCUAUGACAAGGACCAUAAGAUCUCCGUCACGGGUCCGGAUCGACACCUCACCCUACUACGGUCAAUUCGCCUGGUUCGCGAGUUUCCACUCCGGAAAACCCCAAGCGCGGUCGAGCGAUGCCAGAAAGAGACCCUUCGUGUCCUUGGCGUUCUCGAAAGCGUGCUGUCCAAGCAAGAUCGGCUAGUUGGCGGAAAGAUGACCAUCGCCGACGCGUCAUUCGUCAUGUGGAAUGAGUGGCUUCUCUUUGCUCGAUCUGUUCGUAGUGUUCUGACCACAGUAUAUCGUAUUCUAGCAAGAUUGGAUCCAGACCACAACAUAGAGCUCAACAUGCCCCGAGACUUCCCUGCAGUGCACGCUUGGCACCAGAAGAUGACCGCCUUUCCAGAAAUCAAGGAAUCGCUUGCACUGCGGCUCGAGAUCUCUAAGGAAUUCAUCGCGGUAUCUCCGUACUAG